ACAACAGAGUGGAGGGUAUAUGUCUCAAGCUAAUUAGUUUAUUCAGUUAAUGGAAUGAGGCACUUCCCAUUACUCCCACUCGUAACUUGUUCCUGGUUUUAUCAUCUCACUCACUUCUGAUCCUUUCCCCUUUCUCUCCAAACUCCAAACCCUACAGCUACAACCUCCAUCACCAAUGGCCUCUCAGUCUCACCCUCAUCUCAAUGGUGACUCCAAUACCCACAUCCCAAAAAAGCCAAAGCUUUCAUCUUUAUCCUCUUCUUUCAUCACAGAAGCUGAAAUCCAAUCAGAAUUCAGCCACCACGACUCCACCAUAGCUCGCAUCAACAAUGGCUCCUUUGGCUGUUGCCCUUCCUCCAUUUCCAACUCCCAGCAACACCUCCAACUCCACUUCCUUAGCCAACCCGAUCACUUCUACUUCUCCCACCUCAAACCCGGCAUUCUCCGCUCCCGCACCCUCCUCCAAAGCCUUAUCAAUGCCCAACACCUCGACGAAAUCUCCAUCGUCGAUAAUGCCACCACUGCAGCUGCUAUCGUCCUCCAAAACAUCGCCUGGAGCUUUGCCGAAGGAAAAUUCAAUCAAGGAGAUGUUGCCAUUAUGCUUCACUAUGCUUAUGGUGCUGUAAAGAAGUCCAUUGAGGCCUAUCUCACCCGUGCCGGCGGGCAUGUUAUUGAGGUACAUUUGCCUUUUCCUGUAAAUUCUAAUGAAGAGAUUGUGUUUGAAUUUAGGAAGGCUUUAGAGAAAGGAAAAGAGAAUGGUAGGAAAGUGAGGUUAGCUGUGAUUGAUCAUAUAACUUCAAUGCCUACUUUAGUUAUACCUGUUAAGGAAUUGGUUAGGAUUUGUAGGGAGGAAGGUGUGGAUCAAGUUUUUGUGGAUGCAACUCAUGGGAUUGGGUGUACUGAUGUUGAUAUGCAAGACAUUGGUGCUGAUUUUUACACUAGUAAUUUGCAUAAGUGGUUCUUUUGCCCGCCUUCCAUUGCAUUUUUGUAUUGUAGGAAGUCGUCCCAGUGCUUAGACCUGCACCAUCCGGUCGUGACUCAUGAGUAUGGAAAUGGGUUGGCCGUGGAAAGUGCUUGGAUUGGGGCUAGGGACUAUAGUGCUCAGUUGGUGGUUCCCAAGGUGUUUGAGUUUGUUGAUAGGUUCGAGGGUGGUAUUGAGGGGAUCAAGAAGAGGAAUCAUGAGAAUGUUGUGAAGAUGGGACAGAUGUUGGCAAAAGUGUGGGGUACGAAUCUUGGAUGCCCUCCAGAGAUGUGUGCCAGCAUGAUCAUGGUUGGGUUGCCGGCUUGUUUAGGGAUUUCAAGUGAUUUGGAUACUUUGAAGUUGAGAACACAUUUGAGGGAGAAGUUUGGUGUGGAAGUGCCUAUUUAUUACAGGGCACCGAAAGAUGGGGAGGUUGAUUUGGUAACUGGCUAUGCAAGGAUUUCUUAUCAAGUCUACAACAAAGUUGAUGAUUAUCACAAGUUCCGGGAUGCAAUUAAUGAGCUUGUUGGCGAUGGGUUCACUUGCACUCUUCUUCGUGGUUGAAGAGAUGUGUGGCUUGCGUGCUUGGCUACUUUUCAUGGUUUUGCUACCAUGAACUCCCAAAAUAAGAGGAGAAACAAACUGCUGAGAUGGCAAGUAGCAGGGCAGAACAGUUAGCUUUCGUGAUUUGAGAAAUGUUUUUCAAUCUGUUGGGCUCCAUGAAAGCUAUUCUCCCGGCCAUUUGGCGUUUAUAAGCAUUUAAAUUUUUAGCUGCCAAUUGAACUUUAAGUUUACAUUAGUUGCUUGUGCUAUCCUCUCUAUGCAAUGAUGUAAAUUUCUUUGUUGAUUUUACUUUUCAACAAAGGCUAAUGGAAGAGGUCGUGCUCUCAUCCAAAUCCUUCAAAUGGUUUGCUACAUUUAAGUAGAUAGUAUAUAUAACUGAUGAUAUCAGAGAUUUGACUUUAUGCCAAUAAGCUUGGACUGCAGAAACAUUGGAAUGUAUGCUAAUGCUCAACAGGGCACAGUAUUGUUUGAUGGUUGAUCCUUUC